GUGAACGAACGAAGGUGGAAGAGGGGGGAAACGCCGCGACACACGCCGGGACGCGGAGUGGAGAUUCGAGCUUCAAGCGAACGAUCGUGUGUCAGGCCCGAGAGUUGUUUGCGACUCGCCAGUUGGAAUCGCGAGUGUCGCUGAAGGAGGCGAGGAAGGCGAAGGCGUAGCGCCGUCACGAGUGGCGACUCGCGAAAGGGAUUAAGCGAUACGCGGCGAGAGGCAGGCAGAAGAGCCGGCGGGGAGCAGUAACAGGUGGAAACAGUUUUAGAGCAACCGGACACGAUGGAUCAAGGUUUCCCGGGGCAGCACACCACCACGACCACCGUGACAACUUCCACCACGACGACUCAGCCCAAUGUGCGAUUCGAUCCGUCGUACGCAAGGACAUUGCCUGGCAUGUUAAAGGUCGUACAAGUGGUACUAAAUCUCUUGGGAUUUAUAUGCAUAACGACGUCGGCUCUCAGCAGCCACAGCCGGGGAGGAUGGUUCAAUACCGUGGCCAUGGGCGGUUUCUGGUUCACGGGGAUCCUGCUUGUCCUCUACCUGUUCCACAUUGUGGAAAAGUUCUCCAGGAUUCCUUGGCUUAAAAUCGAAUUCGUAUUCUGUACGAUAUGGACCGUUUUUUACCUUCUGGCCGCUUCCCUCGCAGCCGACUACGCACGUUACUCAGAGGCUUUCGGUGUUGCUGCGUUCUUCGGGUUUUGCGCAAUGGUGGUGUAUGGCUACGAUGCUUGGCUGAAGUUUAAAGCAGCGAAGAGCGGAGCGUUGGCACAGGGCCAGCACACGCCGAAACAAAUGUCCACCGUCAACAGCCCGGCGUAUUAGAUAUUCAGAAGAGAAGAGGGCCCACUGCAGAAUGGACCACACCGUUCGUUCGAUUGGACCGAUCGAUCGAUCGACACAUAUCGUUACCUUUGCGCGGGGCCAGUCCUUUUUGUAAUUCCGGCGCGUUUCUCUCGCACGUUCCUCUCGUGUGGAACGUCGAUGCGGCACGCACGAUGCGCGUGCGUAGCGCGUGCUCAUGCGUGCGUGUACGUUCGUUUACCCACGCCCGCGCACGUACACUACGACUUUCUUUCGUCUCUUUUUUUUGUACUCUGUAACAAGGCAAUAAUCUACACUACGCCGUAGCAUUAACUUGUACUCUAACAAGAAAACGAGAGCGACGCGGCCACGUGCGCGUGUUCUCCGCCGCCAAACAACGAUUGUUAAUAUUUUGUAAUAAUGUUUGCCGCGUCUUUGCUUUCGAUCGACUGUUAUUUAUGCGAUGAUGUAUGUGUACAUAUAUAUAUCUAUAUACGCAUAACAAGUCUGUAAACAUUGUUGAAUCCAUAUCUUAAAUUAUUGUUGGAACCGAGGCGACGCUUAAAGCAUCGUGGUAGUGGUAAACGAUGAUGCUCGGGCGCAUUCUAGUGCGAUAUCGAAUACCGUUGCGAGUGCUAGAUCUAUUUUAAUCCUCUGGGUUCUUGUUCGCAACCGGACCGGUCAAUUUUAUCUUCAACGAUUGUUUUCUACAUUUUUGUUAACGAGGCCUUUCCGGUUUCUAUCCAAGAAUCUUUAUUAAAAGAAUUUAUUAAAGAAUUUAAAUUUUAAAAGAAAUAAUUGCAUGCCAAAUAAAGUUAAUCGAAAGCGUUAUUUCUGUAUAAAAUGACCAUCCAAUAAGAAUGCGUUUGACCGUUUGCAAGCAAGGAAGGAGCAUGUGAAAAAAAUUAAGAUGCUGAGAGUUUUUUCCCCUUUAUCGUCGUACGUAGUCUUCGUAAACUGUCGUUUAGAUUUCUUAGAUUGUUCGAUAUUGCAAGCCCCUGACACAUGAAGGGAUCAAGAGUGCAGCUACGAUUACACAAAUUGUACAGGGCGGAUAGAUAGUGAGAAGAUAACGUAGCGUGAUCACGUAUACACAUACAAAUAAUAAUAAUAGACGUGUUAUUUGGCUCGCGACGAAUAUAUUUACCGCAUUCGUCAUCAUAUCGAAUCAUCAUAUCGCGUUACUCGGUACGCAUAAUCUCGCGAGAUUCUCUCUAUGUCACGAACGAGAAUAAUUCGUUGCGACAUACCGAAGAGUAGUAAUACACACUCUGUUGCGUAAGCUGUAUAUAUUUAUUAAUUUUGUUACCUUUAUUCAAGUUCAAACCUAUACAAUAUCGAUAUGUACACAACACGGUAUACUCUUGUAUCAAUGUCUAGUUAAAAAUCUGACGAGAGAUCUGAUAUGGAUAUUAUUAUGCAUAAUAAUGAUGAUCGGCGAAAUAAAGUCUCAACGUCGGUGAAUGUAUUUAACGAAAUGAAUCAUUGUUGUUUCCUAGAAUUCAGUUCGCUCCCGAUCCCUUUUCAGUGUGGGACGGACGGAUUUUGCCCGUAAAAUAUUGCGAAAGUAUUACGAAUAAGAUUAACAAUUUGCGUCGAAUUCUGUUUAUAAUUUUAAUAUUUUAAUAUAUGUGUGCAUCUUAAUGUAUAUUUCAUAUAUACAUUAAAGUAUAACAUGCUGCAUUCUGAUGUGUUGUAUUCUAUAUAUAAAUCUUCAAUUAUUUUUUGUAUUACACGGCGUAAGUUUAUUACGAGUUAUCUUUAUAAAUGAACUUUUUUUGAUUUUCGAUAAGAAUAAGGUACUAGUAUCUCGCGUGAAAAUUUCCGAUUACUUAUGUAAUUAUGUUCAUUUUCGUCGUCAUUAUGAAUAUUGUAUGAUGAAUAUUGAUUAGAUUAAGCGUGUUUCUUAUCACGCAGCGAACUAUAUUAUUGAGAACUGCCUCAAGCUCAAUGUAUUGGAGAUACGAUUAUUUUAAGCUGAUGUUAUUAAUAUCUCUUUCAGUUUAUUUUAUUUAUUAAGCCUAAUUUAUUAAGCCUAAUACACUAAAUGAUCUUACAUGGAA